GUUGACUAUUCAUAUUUGUUGUCCAUCACUCAUUUUCUAUCAACUAUACAAGUGGUGUGAAUUAUUUCCACAUUGGCCGACAAUCUCGAACGACUCUACCCUUUUCGUCAACCCUCUUUGUCUUGCACUUGUUGGUCUGAAUUUGAUUACUUGCAGCAAAACCCAUUUUGAUCUAUCAUAUUGUGUAUUGCUCAAUCUUUCACAAACUCACCCCCAUCUCUUUCUUAUUCCUUUGCUUAUUGCUCUACGAACCAGAUCGAUGGAGGUUGCCACGGAGGUUGCUGCGGGGGUGUUUCUGGGGCCUAUCUUUGAGAAGCUGCGAGACAUUUUGGUGUCUCUGGUGGUGCCAAACUAUUCCCGUCCAGAGGAAAUCGAUCUCAAUCUUGAGUUGAAGAAGUUGCAGAAAAUGUUGCCUGAGAUUCGUGCUGUUCUCGCCGCCGCAGAGGAGAAGCAGAUGACAGAUGAAAGUGUCAAAUCGUGGAUGGACGAUCUCACGGACUUGGUUUACGAUUUGGAUGAUUUGCUCGACGAUUUCGCUACUGAAUCUUUGCGAAUCGAGGCAGAAUCUGAAGCUAGCAGUAGCACCACUCCUCCUAGUAAGAUGCAAAAACUCAUCUCUACUUGUUUCACACGUUUCACUACUCCUAGUGCUGCUGUUAAGCUUGAUUACAAUAUGAUGUCCAAAGUAAAAGAAAUCAACGACAGAUUAAAAGAUAUUGAAGCUCGCAAGAAUACCCUGAAUUUGAAUGUAGAUGUUGGAGGGAAUAGAUCCAACACAGUGCCAGGAAGACGGGAAACCACUUCUUUGGUAGUCAAAUCUGAUGUCUAUGGUAGAGAAGAAGAUAAAAAUGCUAUUCUUGACGAGUUGUUGAAGGCUGAAACUAGUGAUGAUAACAAAGUGUCUGUCAUUCCUAUUGUGGGUAUGGGAGGGAUCGGUAAGACAACUCUGGCUCGGCUGGUAUAUGAUGAUGAUCGACUAAAGGGUUAUUUUGAUCUCAAGGCAUGGGUCUGUGUUUCUGAUGAUUACGAUGCUGUUAGAGUGACGAAGACAAUCCUUGAGGUGGUGACUUCAAAGUCUCAUGAGUUACAGGCUUUAGAUAUGCUUCAGGUGAAACUGAAGGAGAGCUUGUCAGGCAAAAGAUUUCUUCUUGUUUUGGAUGAUAUUUGGAACGAGAAGUAUGCAGACUGGGAGCUCCUACGACGUCCUUUUAUGUUUGGGGCACCUGGGAGCAAAAUUAUCGUCACAACUCGGCUUGAAAACGUUGCAUCAACCAUGAGUCUGUCUCCAAGUUAUCCUCUAAAAUUGCUGUCCAAAGAUGAAUGUCUAUCCUUAUUUACUCAUCAUGCACUCGAGAAACAAAACUUUGAUGCACAUCCAAAUCUGAAAGGAAUUGGCGAGGAAAUAGUGAGUAAAUGUAAAGGGUUGCCUUUGACAGUCCUAACACUUGCUGGCCUCUUGCGCACUAAGAAACUCCAGAGUGAGUGGGAGAAUAUAUUGAAUAGCAGAAUAUGGGAUUUACCUGAACAAAGAAGUGGUAUUCUUCCAGCUCUUAAAUUGAGCUAUCAUCAUCUCCCAUCUCAUUUGAAGCAAUGCUUUGCUUACUGUGCAAUAUUUCCAAAAGAUUAUGAGUUUCACAUAGAGGAGCUAGUUUUGUUGUGGAUGGGGGCAGGUCUUUUGCCGCGUUCAACAGAAAAGAAUCAGAUGGAAGAUUUUGGCAAACAAUAUUUUGAUGAUUUGUUAUCAAGGUCGCUUUUUCAACAAUCAAGUGGUAGUAAGUCACUGUUUGUGAUGCAUGACCUUCUUAAUGAUCUAGCUCUACAUGUUGCCAGAAAUAUAUUCUUUAGGCUGGAUAAGUUUGAGGGUGAUGAGCAAUUUAAAAUUCCUAACCGAGCUCGGCAUUUGUCAUAUAUUCGUCAAAAAUUUGAACAACUCCAAAAGUUCAGGCCUCUUGGUGAAGUUCAGCAUUUGCGAACUCUGUUAGCAUUACCAAUUCAGACACAUUUUGCUCACAAUUAUUACUUAGCAAACAAGAUAUUGUUUGAUUUAUUGCCAAAGUUACGAUGUUUAAGAGUGCUGUCUUUGUCUGGUUAUUUCAUAACUGAGCUACCGGACUCGAUUGGUGAUUUGAAACAUCUGAGGUAUCUUAAUUUAUCUCGGACUUCAAUCAAACAGUUACGUGAAUCGGUGAGUAAUCUCUACAAUUUAGAAACACUGUUGCUGCGUGGUUGCAAAAAACUUUCAAUGUUGCCCCCAAACAUUGGAAAUUUAAUUAAUUUGCGCCAUCUUGACAUUGCUGGUACUGUGCAAUUGCAAGAGAUGUCCCUAGAGAUCGGUAGACUGACGAAUUUGCAAACACUGUCAAAGUUCAUUGUGGGCAAACAGAAUAUGCCAGGACUAAAAGAGUUGAUGAAUGUGAGGCUUUUACGGGGAAGUAUUUCUAUUCAAGAGUUGCAAAAUGUUCGAGAUGAAAAUGAGACGAAUUUAUGGGCUGGGCAAGACAUUGAAGAAUUAGAGUUGGCAUGGAGUCGCGAGUUCAACGAUCUUCGAAAAGAAAAGCUUGAAUUGGAUGUGCUUGCGAAGCUAAAACCACACAAACACUUGAAAAGGCUCACUAUUGAGUUCUACGGGGGCACAAAAUUUCCAAGUUGGAUAGGUGAUCCAUCAUUCUCUGAAAUAGUGAAACUGACUCUUGGAGGCUGUAAAAAAUGCAUAUCCUUACCGGCACUGGGGCAACUACCCAAGCUCAAAGAGCUACACAUCCGAGGCAUGCAUGGAGUACAAAAUUUGGGAGUUGAGUUCUACAGGGAUGAUUUUUGUCUGGGACAUCCCUUCCCGUCAUUGGAAAGUUUGAUAUUUGAGGACAUGCCGGCGUGGAAAGAAUGGUCAUGUUCUACUGGUGUUGAAGAAGCUACAAGUCAAUUCCCCUGCCUCCGCGUGUUCACAAUACGUGAUUGUCCUAAAUUGAUUACGGUUCCACUUUUGAGGCUUCCCUCUCUUGAAACAUUAUAUUUGGAAGAGUGUCAUGGGGCGGUCCUAAAAAGUAUAGUUGAUGUGAUCUCACUAAGUAAGUUGGAAGUUAAGAAUAUCAUAGGGCUAUAUCAGUUUGAGGAAGCAUUGGUGCGGUCGUUGGUAGGGCUUCAGAGUCUUGUCAUCAUAGGAUGCAACCAACUUGUGUUCUUUGCAAAGACAGGUGUCUCGCCCACGCUCAAAUCUCUUACAAUAUGGAAAUGCGAGGCAUUGACCUCUCUGCCAGAUGGCAUGUGCGGACUUGAAAGCUUGGUAAUUGAUGAAUGUUCAUCAUUGACGUCUCUGCCCGAUGGCAUGUGCGGACUUAAACACUUGGAAAUUAAUAGAUGUUCAUCAUUGACGUCCUGGCCCACCGUUGGGUUACCCACAGCCCUUAAGGUUCUUACAAUUAGUGAUUGCAUGAAUUUGGAGUAUUUUCGGAAGGUUUCAGAGCCGACGAUGAUGCUACAGCAGAAGGAGAAGGAAGAUGACUUUAACAACAUCAAUGUUAUUAAUAUGUCAUCACUUGGAUGCUUAAGCAUCUCGAAGUCGCCAAAGGUUGAAAUGUUACUACUACCUGGGGUUGAGGGGUGCGUAAAUAAUAAUAAUUUCGCUAGUCUCCGUGAAUGGCAUAUAUUGGAUUGCGAUGUCUUGGAGUCGUUGUCCUUCCCAGAAAGAGGCUUACCCAACCUCAGAUGGCUUACAAUCUACAAUUGCGUGAAUCUCCAAUCCUUGGCUAUGACCAACCAGAUUCUUCAAAGCCUCGAAUCCCUUGAAAUCUACAGUUGUGAAAGUCUGGAGUCCAUGUACUUCCCGGAAAGAGGAGGCUCUACCCCCAACAACCUCAGAUGGCUUACAAUCAUAUAUUGUUCAAAUCUGAGGCGGUUGCCAUUUUUUGAUCAGAAUAGUCAAACCCUAAGUGAGCUCACAAUAUAUGAUUGUCCAUGUAUUAUGACGUCCUUUCAUCAAGGGAAUUGGAAUUUGCCCCCCAACCUAAUCAAACUUACUAUUCGUGAUGGUGGGAAAUUAGAGAAGCCCUUGUCGGAGUGGGAUCUGCAAAGACUCACCUCUCUUCGACGAUUCGAAAUUGAUGGGGGAUAUCCAGAGCUGGUCUCCUUUCCUCCUCGUGAUCUGCUUCCUUCAACUCUAACCUUAUUAAGGAUCGAGAAGCUGCCGAAUCUGGAAUCCAUACCAUUGAAGGCCCUCCAAAAUCUCACCACUCUUCAACAUCUAAUCAUCUCUCACUGCCCUAAGCUUCGAUCCUUACCAAAGGAAGGCCUGCCUUCCACACUUCUAAGUCUUCAGUUGGUUGGUUGUCCAAAUCUUAGAGAACGAUGCCAAGGUGACUACUGGCCCAACAUCCCCUACGUCAAUUUAGAUGCCGAGUUCCCCAAUAUGUUAUUGUUUUAGUGAGGAACUGAUAAAAUUUGUGACAAUCAGACUGUCAUUUCACGGUAUUGAAGUCCUUUUAACGAAUGGGCAACCCCGGUAACAGUUCCUAUAGAUUCAACAAUUCCAAUCAGUUGAAGACAUAUAGCGGUUCGUCUAAAGGUAUUGAAGUCUUUUUAACGAAUGGGCAACCCGGGUAAUAGUUCCUAUAGAUUCAACAAUUCCAAUCAGCUGAAGACGUAUAGCGGUUCGUCUAAAGGGUCCAUCCAACCGAACCAAGUUGAAGAUAGACAGCAUUGCUGAGAUUCAUUUGUAAUGAUGCUUUUCCGAACAAGCCAAGUCUGGGAAAAGAUUGGCGAUGUGGCUUGCACUUGGAUCCAAAAUCCCAGAGUUCCAUCCUCCAAGGUGUGAAUGUGUUGUAAUAUGUUGGUAUAUACGACGAUAUCUAUGUCACGGAGUUGGUGGGGUUCUAUGAUUUAUGGGUGCCCAGGAAGGGUGACUGUGGAUGCUUUAGCGAUGUUAGAAGGGAGGAAUUGGAGUUCUCUGCGUUGCUUGUGAAUUUGGGGAAUUGUACACUGUGUUGUUGACUUGUUGAUCCUGUUUUCUAAUUUGUACCUUGGCUUUGGGAGUUUCUUUUUCAUUUAUGAAGGAAGAUUACGUAA